AUGAUGUCAGUUACUUUGGGGCUGCAGCUGCAUUGUCCGGAAACAAAAAAUUCUGGUUCUAGUGGUCAAGAAGUUUACUCUGGCUUUCCAGAAACCAACAAAAACAAUUCGUUCUUGUCUCUUGGGCCGCCAGUGGUUCGAUCAAACCAUUCGGAUUGGAUGGGACUGCAACCUCAUCAAUUUAGUUCCUUCGCAACCAUGCAAUAUCCAAGCCACUUACAACAAAUGCAACUCACCCAGCUACAUCAUGAAGAGAAUCAAUACGUUUACGCAUCACUCAACAAUAAUACCGCUAGCACAACGAGCAAUACUUUACUAAAUACACAGCUGCCUCUGAAUUUAAGCACGCCUGAGAACCAAUUAGUUCAAGCAUCGCCCUCUGGCUAUUCGAGUUAUUUCACAAACAAUGGAAGUAACUUUAACGCGACGACACAACUCCAAUCAGUCACAGAGGAAAGCAAAAGAGUUAACUCGCAAUAUAGUCCAGAUACUAAACUGAAUAGUUCAGAGCUGAAUGCUGGUGCAACAAGCAAAUGCAAUUGCAAACGCAAGUCGAAACGUAUCCCACGUCCGCGAAACGCUUUCAUUCUAUUUCGCCUGAAACAUCAUCUCUCUGUCUUUGGUGAUUCAUCUGGUAAGAAGUCCAACGCUGAAAUUUCAAGAGAAUUGGGCUAUCGUUGGCGCCACCUAUCUCUGAAAGAAAGAGAAUACUGGAAUACUUUAGCAAGGGAAGAAAAGGUAAAACAUGCAAAGAAGUACCCAGAUUAUCGGUACGCUCCUCGUCGAAACGGUAAAAAAACUUGCUAUAUUUGCGAUCCAAAGUCACCAGGUGCAAAAGGCCUCGUCAAUAAACGAUCUGACACAACGUCUCAGCCUGCAAUAGAGCUGAAUCCUCAAGAUGUUCAGCACAAAAAUACAUCAAUGUCUUUUGCAAAGCCGCAACCGCAUCAAGCGAUGCAUCAAACUAAUUUGAACUCAUUCGGCCAGUUGACUUCUGGCAAGACUCAGCUGGCCCCAAUCCAAAACUGUGGUAAUUACAACCAGAGAAUUUUACUAGGUCAAGUGGGGGCUACAAACAAUAUGAAUUUCCCCAAUUCAACAACCACAAGUUUGGUAAAUUCAAGUCACCAGCAAGGGUUAGUGAAUUCGAUCGGUCAAAUUAACCAAGGACCAUAUUACGAGAAUAGCACAAACAAUCUUACAAUGAUGAACAUCCCAUCGCAAACAAAUAUGACAAUAUUAAGCAAUGAUACAAUUGGACAAGCACAGAUACCAGCCUUUUAUUCAUCUACCUCUGGCUGUGAGAAUUUUGGCUUCAACCAGGAAAGAUACUAUCAGAGCUUCUACGACCUGUAUCAAAAAGAUCCUAGUAAUCAAUUUAAUACAGCGGCUAUACCUGGUUGGUCAUAUAGCACUCCUAAUUCUAAUAACGCUUUAAACUACAAAAAGCAUUUUAGUCAAAGCUUGAACAAAUCGAACAAUUGA